AAAAAGUACUACAAUUGUUUAAAUUAUAACAUAUAUAAAUUUAAUGUGCAUUUUUUCUUCAGCUUUACAAUCUCUAUGGAUUUAACAGUACUUAACGACUAUGUGCCUUUUCUUGAACACCUUCUUUGUGACAAAGACAAUGUAGCACUUACUUUCAUUUAUCAUGAAACGAAAUACUACAAACUUUUAAAAGAUGAUGCUUUCACAAGUGUAUCUCCUUGCUACUCUAUUCCUAAUUCGAGUAUCUUCAAAUUUAGAGGCUGUAUCGAAAAACAAAAUAAAGAUUAUAUAAGAAUAGGAUUAGAUACCAGCUGCCUCGAAGAAAGAAAUCCUGAUUUUAAAGGUUUCUUUUCCAUUUCAUUAUACAACACAAAGAACAAUGACUAUUUACUAAUUGGGAGUUCAGAGAUAACGUCUAACAAGGAAAAGAUGAACAGAGAUUAUAUAACAGUACAAAUCAGUUUUCUAGAGGAACUCAUUGGAAGUGAUGAAUUUCUAGUUCAAUGGAAGAUAUAUACAUUAUCACAGCCUAGUAACAAUAAACAUUCUAUUGAGAAAGGUUCAAUAAAUUCUAUUAAAGAUCUAGUUUCUCAAUUAUCAAAGUAUUUUAAUGAUGCCCAACAAACAGAGAGCCAUUUGGAGUUCAUAAACAAUGAAAUGCUUUUGUGUCAAGAACAUCAGUAUGAUAACAGGGAAAGAUUAGAGGCCAUAGAAAAACAGUGCCUUAAUUUAAACCAAACAAUAUUUGAAAUUUUACAGAAAGUAAAUUGUACAGCAGAGAAACUAUUUAAAAGGGAUUUAAGUCAUAGUAACACUUCCACAAAAACGAAAAUUUGUUAUUCCUCUAAUUCUGAAGAAAGCAUAAAUGAAUCACUUUUUACAUUUGAUUCGCAACAUAUCGGGGAAGCCGGAUGUGAGUCACUCAGCUCUGAAUGCGAUUCUACGAUUAGCAGAAGUGAAAUAUGCGAUAUUCCAAUUAGGAAAGGUAGAUCUAGACCUCAUGUCCAAGAGCGGAAAGAUGCCGAAACUCAAACACAUUUACUAAAUAGUUAUGAAAAAGAGCUUUACGAGGAAAACCAGAUUCUUAAGAACAAAUUGGAUGAGAUUGGUCGUGUUUGUCAAUAUGAUGCAGUACAGAAAAUAGCUCCUGAAGUUAUAUCAAAAUUGGAACCAUCUAAUUUGAGACCAUUAAAAUGGGACAAAGAAGCAAUUCAACAUUCCUCCAGUUCUUUUGAGGUCACCAUAUUGAAUAAUGACGACCAAAAAUCUUAUUCAUUUUAUGUGACUGAAAAUUUCUUGGUUGACAGUUUGAUAAGAAUGAUAGAAGGCAAACUGCGCAUCCCUCAAGAGUGUCAAUCCCUAAUGUAUAGUGGUAAUAUCUUACAAAGAGGUACAAAAAUAUCUGAAUAUAAUAUUACAGAUAAGUCCACAUUAUUAUUGCUCUCAAGAUUAGGAGGAUCCAACUCAAAGUCAAACUUUUGUCGGAAAAUACUAAUACUCCAAAAGUGAAGUCGAUAUUAUUUUUUAAAAUAUUUAAUAUAUAUUGUAUUUGCUUUAUUGUUGUUAUUAGCUGUCAAUAUUGUUGUAUCCCUGCCUUACACCAGUGCUUGUGUUGUGUACAAACGAAAUAUUGGACAAUGACGUUAAAACGCUAGGAAAGAACAGAAAAAAAACAUUGUUUACGACUGUGUCAAGAAAUUAGGAGUCGGAACUGUUCUGAACCAAGGAGCAGUCGUUCUUCCUCACUGAAGACUGUAAAAGGGUCAUGGAGCAAAGCGAUGAAGGCUGUCGUUGGUCUGCAUUCAGGUUUGCUGGGGAAUAAAAUAAUGGAAUUAGGAACAAAUCUCUUGGAAUGUAGAAGCCUGUUAUAUGCCUGUCCUGAUGAAUAAACACACUUUUAACACACUUAACUAUUUACUUUAGAACUUUGGUGAGUUGCCUGCCAAAGAUUUACUACAAUAUUCUUCUGUGCAUAUUGUGGUGGAAGUUGUGAAAAUCUUUUGAGAUGAUGAAAACGAUUAGAAUACUUAUAAUCAGGCUACUGAUUAUCUAUCUCCUGACAGCACUUUUCAGCACUUUAUCUUUAUUUGUUAACCAUUAUUUAUUAAAUAUGGGAGCUCCAUUUUUAACCUUAAGAUAGCUUUUUAUAUUCUAAGAAACAUUGACUUUAACCCUUUUUUGACGCCGAUUUGUAUCAUCUAUUCAUUUGGCCAAGUAUUCGCUUUGGUUUAAUUCCCAUUAAAACAUUAAAGUUAUAAAUUGUAACACUGAAAAACAAGAAAAAAUAUGCAACACUGGCCAAGAGAGUUUCAAACAUAGUACAACUACACGAAUCAAUGAAUUGUUUUGUCUUUUGUACCUACUAUCCAAUAGUCUGUCUAUCGUAUUGAUUUUGAUUAACAAGUAUAUAUAUACAUAUAUAUAUGAAAUGAAAAGAAAAACAAAAAUAAUGUCUGGUGUAUCCAAUGUAAGUAUUAUGUUAAUAAAAUAUGCCAUCAUUUAAAGUUCUGU